ACUAAAGAGAAAAGGCAGAGGAGACAGACAGGGGAGGGAUCAAACUCAGUCUUUUAUUUUCUUUUUGUUUUUGGUCGCCAUCGAGAGUCUUCUCUCUUUGCUGCGACUGGCGUUUGUGGACUUUUCUUGCAUCCGAAGCGUUCGGUGAGUACCCAAGCUCGGUCGCGCCCGCGGAAAUAGAAGAAGAAGCAAGAGAGCUCUUACGAUUCAGACAUUAAAACCUUCGAAUCCAGUCGGUGAUACUUGGGUCGAAUGGGUUGUGCAAUUUCUUGAACUGGGUAACACCCGUCUCUCUCGUCUGACCCCACAAUUUCAUCGCACUCGUCUCCCGUCCUGAGCUUUGAAUCUUUAAUAUUCAGUCGAGAGAGAGAGAGAGAGAGAGAGAGAGAGAGAGAGAGAUGAUUGGUAGAAGAGACGGACCCUUGAUGCGAAGCGGCGGCUACUCCCUCUCGUUUUGGAAAUCAAGAAUCGCCGCCGCCAUUGCCGUCGGCGUUGCUAUCGGCUGUGUCUUCGCUUUUUUUUUCCCCGAUGGGCCCUUCUCCGUCGCUGGCCCUCCUCUUCAGAAUCGCCGUCUCGUCAAUACUCAGGGAGAGUCCUCUUCCAGCUCUUGUGAAUCAUCUGAGCGAGUGAACAUGUUGAAGUCAGAGUACGUGGCUGUUUCGCAGAAAAAUGCUGAGCUAAAAAAGGAAGUUAGGGAGUUGAUGGAAAAGUUUAAGUUAGCUGAACAGGGGAAAGAUCAGGCUCAGAAGCAAGUUCUUUCGCUGGGUAAACAACAGAAAGCCAGGCCAUUUGGUACUGUUAAGGGUUCAAGAAUCAAUCCCACUGUUGUCCCUGAUGAUUCUGUGAAUCUAAGAUUAGCAAAGAUAUUGGAGAAAGUCGCAGUUAAUAGAGAGCUCAUAGUUGCCCUGGCCAACUCAAAUGUGAAGGAAAUGUUGGAGGUUUGGUUCACCAACAUAAAGAGAGUGGGUGUACUUAAUUAUUUGGUGGUUGCUCUGGAUGAAGAUAUUGCUAAGUUCUGUGAGGCAAACAGUGUUCCUGUAUACAAAAGAGAUCCAGAUAAAGACGUUGAUUCUGUAGGAAGGACAGGAGGGAAUCAUGCUGUUUCAGGAUUGAAAUUCCGCAUUUUGAGGGAAUUUUUGCAGUUGGGAUAUAGUGUUCUUCUCUCUGAUGUCGACAUAGUCUACUUGCAAAACCCAUUCAACCAUCUUUAUCGGGAUUCAGAUGUGGAGUCCAUGACAGAUGGUCAUGACAACAGGACUGCUUACGGGUUCAAUGAUGUCCUUGAUGAGCCUGGAAUGGGUUGGGCCAGAUACGCUCAUACGAUGCGCAUCUGGGUUUAUAAUUCUGGCUUCUUCUAUAUCAGACCCACAAUCCCUUCAAUUGAGCUCCUUGAUCGUGUAGCUGGUAGGCUUUCUCGGGAAAAUGCCUGGGACCAGGCGGUUUUCAAUGAGGAACUCUUUUUUCCUUCACAUAGUGGGUAUGAUGGUCUCCAUGCUGCCAGGAGGACAAUGGACUUCUAUCUCUUUAUGAAUAGUAAGGUCCUCUUUAAAACUGUCAGAAAAGAUGCCGCCCUCAGCAAAAUUAAGCCUGUGAUUGUUCAUGUAAACUACCAUCCCGAUAAGCUUCCGCGCAUGAAAGCGGUUGUCGAAUACUAUGUUAAUGGUAAAGAAGAUGCUCUAAAACCCUUCCCUGAUGGUUCAGAUUGGUAAAAUGGUGUUCUGGUAUUUAAAGAUGCUUCUUAGCACUCAUUGUCUUCUUAGCUGAAACUUGACUUGUUGAGAAUCGAUGGAGUAUCAUUUGGAUCUGAAAGCUUUUCCUGUUGGCCUUAUUGGUUUCCCUCCAUUUUUUAACUCCUGAGAAUAUUACAAUUUUUCACAGGCUGUAUCUUCAAGUAGCCUAGAAACUGCUGUUUUGUGUAGUAUGGAUCUGUGGGUAUUCUUUUUAAUCAUCUGAUUGUAUAAAAAGUCUUCUUUCCUCUGUGA